CACCGUAUACUUCUUCAAUUGCUCCAUUUCGAUACACAUUCCGUACUGAUUUACUGUUCUAGGGUUUCGUUCUCUGGAAUCCAAUUACGGAUUUCGAUUGCUGAAUUUAUGCUCUCUGACCUGAUUAACGUCCUGGCUUAAGCAGAUCCAAUCGCGGUGUGAUUUGUUUUGUUGUGAUUUUGCUGUGUUUUGAGGAUUCAAGCCUGUUGAGUCACUUUUUUUCCUUUUCCCCAAUAUUGUGUACAUCAAUGGGGUUAAGCGGGGAAUAAUAAGUUAACAACUAAAGGUGUUCGACGUCUCUCCAUAGGCUCAAACACCAGACCUCUCCCUUGGAAGCCAAAGGGUAUGAGAAAGCACAGAAGUUAUAGGAUCAGAUAGUGUCAAUCAGGGAUUUGUUUAUUUCAGUGGUGACUUCUUCGUGGUAACGCGAGAGAACGAUUUUGAAGUGUAAUGGAGUGCAACAGAGACGAAGCCAUCAGGGCUAAAGAAAUUGCAGAAAAGAAGUUUACAGAAAAGGACGUCAUGGGGGCUAAAAAAUUCACUAUAAAAGCCCAAUCAUUAUACCCUGGGCUUGAUGGAAUACAAAAUAUGUUAGCAACCCUUGAUGUGUAUAUUUCUGCUGAGAAUCGAAUAAGUGGGGAAGCAGAUUGGUACCGCAUACUUGGUGUGAAUCCCAAAGCAAAUGACGAGACAGUGAGGAAACAUUAUAGGAAGCUGGCACUCAUGCUUCACCCUGAUAAAAACAAGUCUGUAGGGGCAGAAGGGGCGUUUAAACUUAUUUCCGAGGCUUGGAGUUUGUUAUCUGAUAAAUCAAAGAGAUUAGCAUAUGACCAGAAGAGGAAUGCUAAAGUAUUUCAGCAGAAAGUUCCACAUGUGAGUGGGUGUCCCACAGCCCCAUCUGGUUCAAAUGGUUUUUCCAAUUUCACCAAAAGUAGUAAUACAACCAAAAGUAGUAAUACACACGCAAGGGCUCAAAAGAGUAAUGCCACUAAGGCAGGCACCUCUUCUGGCCCCUCUUCAUCUCGUAAGCAGAAAACCUCAACCUUUUGGACCGUGUGCCACCGAUGUAAAGUGCAGUAUGAAUAUCUCAGAGUGUAUCUUAACCAUAAUCUCCUCUGUCCCAAUUGUCAUGAACCCUUUUUUGCGAUAGAAACUCCACCGCCAACUUCCAAUGGUUCUAAAGCAUCCACCCAAAGGAACUAUUCCCAGCAGGAACAGAAAAAUCAGCAAGGAGCAAGCAUGAACGCAUCUACUUCUGGAAGAAACAACUCAUCCACUUCAAAUGUGGGUUCCGGAGGGUUCAAUAGUACAAAUUCAGCCAAUCACAAUAACUUCCAGUGGGGUCCAUUCUCUAAAGCAGCUGGCACUGCAUCUGCUGCUCAAGCUGCAACUGUUGUUAAGCAGGCAUAUGAGAGAGCAAAGAGAGAGCGGGAGGAAGUGCAGGCAGCGACAAAAAGAGAGGAGGGUUUUCAAAGGAGAAAUCAUGCUAAUAGGAGAACGAGUGGGUUCUCGUCAUCUGGGUACUCUGAUAGUGUGAAGAGAAGAAAAGUUAUGGAGGAUAUUGGUGCAGUGAAAUAUGGAAACGACGCGGUGAGUCAAAUGGGUAUGGGGACCGGAGGAGCUGGAAGUUCAGGGUCGUCAGGACUUAAACAGGGUUUUUAUGGGCCAAGUGGAACUGACAAGCGCAAGAGUUCACGAGAUUCACCGGAUGUUGGAAUUCCAAACCUAUUAAUGGUGAAGGCCAGGGCAGAUAUUCACAAGAAACUGAAUGAAUGGAACAAAUCUGCUACUGAAGGCAAGAAGAAUGGGAAUGAGAAACCAAAUGAGGGGGCAAAGUUAAAGGACAUAGCCAUGGUAAAUUGUGCUACACCGGACCAAUGCAAAGACAGUGAUCAAGUUAACAUGGCGAAUGGAAGUAAUCACAAUAAGUUCAUUCCCGGAACUUCUGAUGGCGAUUUGGAUAAUGAGCCUCUUGGGCCAAUGUCAAUGGAUGUCCCAGAUCCUGAUUUCCAUGAUUUUGAUAAGGAUAGGACAGAGAGGUGUUUUGCGGAGCAUCAGGUAUGGGCUGCAUAUGACGACAAUGAUGGUAUGCCUCGUUACUAUGCAAUGAUUCACAAUGUGAUUUCGGUAGAUCCACUCAAGAUGCAGAUUAGUUGGCUUAACUCAAAAACCAACAGUGAACUGGACUCGCUUUACUGGGUUGGUUCUGGUUUCCCAAAAACAUGUGGAGAUUUCAGCAUAGGCAAACAUGUAUCCGGUUACUCUCUCAACUCCUUCUCACACAAGAUUAAGUGGACGAAAGGUGCACAUGGGGUUGUUCGUGUAUUUCCUCGGAAGGGGGAUGUUUGGGCUCUCUAUAGGAAUUGGUCUCCUGCAUGGAAUGAGCUGACAGCAGAUGAAGUGAUACACAAGUAUGACAUGGUGGAAGUACUUGAAGACUAUGAUGAGGAAUUUGGUGUGACUGUCACUCCUCUGGUCAAAGUUGCUGGUUUCAAGACUAUUUUCCACCGGCAUUUGGACCAUCGGGAAGUGAGGUUGUUUCCACGAGAAGAGAUGUUUCGUUUUUCUCAUCAUGUUCCGUCAUAUUUGCUUACUGGUCAAGAAGCUCCAAAUGCUCCAAAGGGUUGUCAUGAGUUGGACCCUGCUGCUACUCCUCCGGAACUUCUCCAGGUAAUAACAGAUGCUAAGGAGGAAGAUAUUGUGGAGAAUGUAGAAGGUAAGGUAGAAAAGGUAGUAAAUGACGGUGGUAAAUCUCAUAAUAAAGAAUUGGAAUGCUCUUCUCCGAAGAAGAGAUAUGAGGGAAAAUGCUAAAGAGAGAAAGGAAAUAAAUUUUUUGGAGAAUAGUGUGGAAAGCAAGGAAGAAAAGCAAGUAAAUUGUACUGAAGAGAAGGCAGAUAGUUAAUUUUUUUUUUUUAUCUGAUCUAAUGUGGAUAGAAUUCCUGGAUUUCAUGCCCAUACUAUGGUGGAGCUUGAAAUUCUUUUCUGGUAAAGGGGAAAUCAUUUCAACUAAGCGGAAUUACCUCAGGAAUCCUAAAAUCACUUUAAAAUCAAAUUGGGAACUUGAGGAUUGCUUGAAUAGGCUUCUUGGGAGUUCAAUCAGCUAAAACCGGGAAGCAGAAUGUUGUCUCCAUGCCAACAGACUUGUCUAGAAUUUGUAUGGAAGCACUGUGCCACUGUAUAUAUUCCAUUGAAUUUUUAUCCUUAAUAGAAGAUUCGUAUAUCAGUUGAAGGUUGUC